UUUCUUUCGCCUAAUAGAUUCCGAUGACCAGCGCCAAAAGUCCAUAUUCCACGACAAUCCUUUUCAUCCCAACCAAAAUCGCAACAAACGCCUUCCCCUCCCACACUAUACAUUCCCUUCCCUUUCACUUUCUUCACAUUUCUAUCGCCCAAUUCUCUCCCUUUCCCACAUCACCGACGUGAGUGCUUGCCUCAGCGCCUUUUCCCUCUCACGCUAUUUCCUCUACCCUCGCCCCGUGCUUCUCGCUCCAGCCUAAAUGCAGAUCUCCGUAUAUAAAUAUAAACUAUACCCACGAGUGAAUUGUGGGUUCAGAUCCGAUUGAGGGCAUUUUAAAUUCUGCAUUGAUUGCUUGUGAGGUAAGAUGAACUGGGCUUUGCUUUAUAUCUUUGGAAAUUCUUUGGGUAUGUUGUUAGUUGAUUGCUUGUAAAUUGUGGGUCGGUGCAAUGAAAACAAAUUGGGGCUUUGGUUCGUCUUUGCGAAUUUUCUGCGUAUGUUAAUGAGGGGUUGGUUUUGUCUUUGUUCGUUGAUUUUUGAGUAGUUUCUCGAGAUUUGUUUGAUUUCAAAGAAAAAAAAUGGAGCUUUCUGACGGAAUUAGUCCUAGAAAGGCGAGGCAUGAUGACCCAGAUCUCGAAACCUUCGAAUUGGAAUCAUUGGACCAUGGUGUUAGAUAUGAUCAUCAGUUUUAUUCAACCAGUGCCCUCGAGAUUUUGAGGGAAACCGUUCGAAUUCUUCGGUACAAUUUGAUGGGAUUCACGUGCAUAGCUGCAUUGCUUAUUUGUCCUGUAUCGGCCCUUGUUUUAUCAAAUGUGUUGGUGGAUCAGUCCAUUGUCAAGAGGCUGACCAUAAGGCUGUUGUUAGUGGUCGAGUCCAGUGGACUCCCUCUCUGGUCGUUUAUCAAACAGUCGUGCCAAAAGUUUGCAGAGAUGGUCGUUUCGUCUGCAAUGUGCUAUCCUUUCUUCAUCACGUUGUCUCUGUUGUCAAAAGCCGCGGUUGUCUACUCUGUGGACUGUACUUAUUCGAGAAAAACGUUCGACGCGUCCAAGUUUUAUGUAAUUGGCACUAAAAUUUGGAGACGCGUCGUUUUGACGUACUUGUGGGUUUGUGGGGUGAUUUCUGGUUGCCUCACGCUGUUUCUUGUUCUCCUUGUGGCUGUGAGCAGCUUGUUUUCGAUAAUGGGGGUUGCUUCUGAUUUAAUUGUUUAUCCCGCAAUGAUAGUGGGACUUGCAUUCUCAAUCAUUUUCGCAAAUGCCAUCAUAAUUUGUAACAUCGCCAUUGUAAUCUCUGUAUUGGAAGAUGUUUCAGGCCCGCAGGCUUUGUUCAGAGCUAGUGUCCUGAUUAGGGGCCAGACUCAGGUUGGUCUUAUGAUAUUUCUUGGGUCAACAAUUGGUAUGGCAUUCAUAGAAGGAUUAUUUGAGCAUCGAGUGAAGACUCUGAGCUAUGGAGAUGGGACUUCAAGGAUAUGGGAAGCACCCCUUUUGGUGCUUAUGUAUUCGUUUGUAGUGCUUAUCGAUUCGAUGAUGAGCGCGGUAUUUUACUUUAGUUGUAGAUCAUCUUACAAUAUGGAAGCUUUAAAUGGAGAGAGCCAACCGGUUUUAGAAGCCAUGACCAUUUCCUCUGGAUCUUUGGAAACCGAGUGAUACCUUCUCUAGGAUUUUGCAAGUUUUUUCUGAUAAAUGAUAAAAGGUGGAUGCUGGUAUGUUGCAAUGAGGAUGCCAAGAAUCUUGGUCUUAAAAGUUCACCUUCGAUGGUCAAUAACACAGGAGCUGCGGGCCAUGACAUCUGAAAGCUGGUAACUCCAAGAUUAUUGAAUAAUUUAUAUUCCUUCUGUGAAAAGUCAUGUUUUGUUGUUGUUGUUGUCAAUUAUAGUUGAUACAAAAUUUCUUGAAGUCAUUGUAUCCAUGUUGUUUCAUCAGCUGUACAUCUUAUGAUAGCAUUCAAUAAAAUUGUAUACACAGUUUGGCUCCA